AUGACCGACAGUCGCUUUACCGGCCCUGGCAUCUUCUGGAUCAGCUCCAAUACUAACGACGAAGCUAUCUUUCCCUACGAUGACUUUGCCAGCUGGUACGAGGACGUGCACAUCCCUGACGUCAUCCAUGCCGACCCAUCGCAGCCGCUGCCCAUGGCACGGCGCUACCAGGCGGUCUCCGCGACGGAGGCGCCGACAGCUACGCCUGGCGCCAACCCUUUCCUCGUCGUCUACAAGCUGCCAACACUUGCGUUUGUCGCCAGCGCGGCCUUUCGCGGCAUCCCGCUGCGCCACGAAAGACUGCCCGACGGUGGCCCGAUCGCACGGUUCGCAUCGUUUCGCGGGCGGUUUGCACGGCACAUCGGGUCGUGGGCGGGCGGCGGCAGCGCCACGCGGACGCUUUUGCUGUCGGAGGUUUUGGCGCUCGGCGAGGGCGAGCAGGACCAGCCGCCCGGCGACGCCAGGCCGCCCAGCUGGUAUCACAACGCUUACAUGCCACACGUGGCCGCCCUUCCGGGCUGGCAGCGUUCGACGCGCUUUGCAGUGGUGGUGGAAAACGAAAUCGGGGGAGACAAGGCGCCGCCACCACCUGGCGUUGGCCCUCCGUCAACUCUGGCAAAAGGCAGGCCGUCUCGCUGGUUGACACUGCACGAGUUCGACGAGGCCAAAACAGAUGUGAACGACGUCACGUCCGAGUUGAAGACAUCGUUGAUGGAAAUGUUGAGUGUCGACGUCGGCUUUGUUGAAGUGUUGCCCUACCGCUUGGUGCGGACAUACGGUGAUGAGGCCGUGACAUUUGCUGACGGCAACGAGGCUGUGGAGUGA